UUGCACUGACAUCCUCUCUGCUGUUCAUUGAGAAACGUCUCUCAUGUGGGGAUACUCCUUAUUUCUCUUAGUGAUCUUCCAAACUGCAUUUUCCAAGAGUCUGCAUUCACAGUGGUCCCACUGCCACAAGCUUUAUUUCUAUUCUUUUUUUUUAAACUGAAGUACACUGGUGCAGGAAAGUGAUCAGACAAACAGCAUAUGCAGAAAUGAUGACUACAGCAUCUUUCAUUGUUGUUUCCUUCUACCUGCUUGUUUGGCUGUUCAGUAAGCAUUUAGCGACUCAUAUACCAGUAAGUCAGCCACCUGAGGUUAUUGCCGCUCUGGGAACACCAGUCAAACUGCUUUGUUUCUUCAACUGCUCAUGCCCUGGAAGAGCAUAUGGAAGUUUCAACUCUUCAAAUAGGAAAGUGUUUGGAAAUGUAACAUGCACAACUGUGGAUCAAGAAAGGGUCUGUGAAUCCAAAAGUGUAAUUGUCAAUACCACACUGGAUGAUGAAAAUAUUUUUAUAUGCAAAGUGAAAAUACCUGGUGAAAACAUUUCCUUUGAGGGUGAAGGAUCAGGAACCAAGCUGAUACUCUAUGCUGAACCUUCAUCUGUUGAAAUCAAAGAAGUCAACCCUGUAGUGGAAGGCAGAUCAGCCAAUCUCACUUGCACGGUCAGAGGAAUGUAUCCACAAAACAUCAUACUCAGCUGGUUCCGUAAUGAUCUUUUCAGUGCUUUACCAAGUGAACUCACAAGUACACGAAUUCUCACAAGCUCUGGAGAAAUUCAAAGUGUUCUCAGCUUUACUCCAAAUAUAAAUGACCAUGGAACUUCUUAUUGGUGUCAGGCCUCUCACCCACUGUGGCGAAGAAAUGUUACACAGCAUAAAUUACUAGAUGUCAAAAGUGGACCUCGAGCACUGAAUGUGACAAUUUUAAAAGGGCUUGAAACUCUAAAUGAUUUAUCAGAAUUUUUGGUGAUCCCAAAACACACGUACAUUGAGUUAUCUUGUUCAGCUGAUGGCAAUCCUAAACCUUUAAUUAUGUGGAUUCAUGAGAAAGAAGACUAUAAAAACUCCACUGAUUCUUCUCUUGUGAUUCACAAGCACAUUUUAGUCAUUAAAAAGAUGACAAAAGAGAGUGAAGGCCUCUACACAUGUGUCGCAAACAACAGUUAUGGCAUGAUAAACGUGACUGUCUCCAUAAGUGCCACUGAAGGAACAGGAAUUAUUUUAAUUUAUUUCACUAUUAUUGCCAUUUGCAAUGUUCUUUUGAUGAUGGCCUGCUUGGGAUUUUGUUUGUUAGUGAAGCAGAAAGGAAACAAAACUAAAAGCCCAAAAGAAAGCAGGACUGCCACAGAGAGUGAAGAAGCAGAUAUUUAUGCUGUGCCACAAAAGAAAAGGACCAGAACAUUGGAUUCAGUCGUUGAAUCUGUCUCUUAUGUGGAACAGCCUCAGUUGACCUAUGCAGACAUCACAUUCAAGAGGGAACCCAGGAACAGCAAUCUGACAAACAAAGAAACUUUGAUCUAUCAGGAAUUACAAUCAACAGAAGACUCCAUUUUAUACAGAUAUACUGAACCAGAUGAGCCUGUGUCCACCAUUUACAGUGUUGCCAGAAUGCCAUCACAGUAGAGCAAUACAACAAUGAAAAACACGGAUGUUUCUCUAAUGAGAUGAAUUUCUGUGUAACUGGUUAAUAGAAUUGGAAAAACUGAAGUAUUUAAAAAUGGACAUCUUGACGAAUGAACAUAAACUACUUCAUGGUGGUCUUGUUUUAGAUGGGCUUGAAAAGUAGCUGAAACCUUUAAAUGAUAAAAUGAGAACACAGUUAACUAAGGAUGUCAGUUGCUUGUUGUAGAGAGUAAAGACUGCAGAGAGACAUUGUUUGAUAUCCUAGAUAUCUCAUAUUGUUUAAAUGUCUGCGCUUAACUUUUAUUAAACAUUUGUCAAGUACUGAAAUGUUAUAAAUCUAGUCAACUUGGUUAACGUCUGUGAAAACAAAUUAUCUACUCUUUCUUUUUUAACCCUUUUUUCAAUACAGGAAUGUAGGAAAUGUAAUUACAGGCACAAUGUAGGAAACCAUGCUAAAUGGGAUGUAAUUAAAAACUAACCUAUACAAUUUUAGAAGAAUGGUAAAUAUAUAUAUAUAUUUUAUUGUGCAUUAGAUGGUCAUAUAAGCCGCCACAGAAGAAAAACUGCUUGAAUCCUAAUAUCUUUAUAAAGUCAUUUUUCAAACUAACCCCCAACAGCCCAGCAUUGGAAAAAUAAUUCACCUAACCAGCAGCAUUGGGAACAAGAUAUAAAUGACACCCAUGUGGCAGGGCACACUCACAUGCACAUCCACACCAGCCCACUUUACAGUGAGCAAAUAACCUAAAAUACAAAUCAUGUUAACACAGCGAGUAUGUUAAAGGUCUACACUAACCCUAACCCUAACCCCUACCUGGUAUUAGAGCCAAAGUUUCUAGAACAGGGGUGCCCAAUGCGUCGAUCACAAUCGACCCGUAGAUUGCAAAGAUAGUGCAGGUAGAUCGCGUUGCAUUCAAAAAAAUUUUUUUUAAACAUUAGUCUAUCAUAAAU